GUUGACGCUCAAGGCGAAGAUCAAACUCCGCGGUUUACGCAACACUUCUCGGUUUCUCAUUGGACCUCUCCGACCCACUUCUCUCUCAUUUUUCUAAGCAGCCAUCGCCGCUCUCGCGUUUCUCGCACCAACAAUCUAACACUUCAAAUCUCUCUCAUUUCGACGAAUCUUGAUAGAUAGAGAAAAUUGUGUUGAUCAUAUCUAUUAUAUCAACGCCUGCAAUUACUCUACCGAAUUGUAAAAUAGUCUGCUGAAGAAAAGAUGUCGCCCGACUCAUCACGAGAGGAAAAUGUCUACAUGGCCAAGUUGGCUGAACAGGCUGAAAGAUAUGAGGAAAUGGUGGAGUUCAUGGAGAAAGUUGCAAAGACAGUGGAUGUUGACGAGCUGACUGUUGAGGAACGAAACCUCCUUUCUGUAGCUUACAAAAAUGUGAUAGGGGCAAGGAGGGCCUCAUGGAGGAUUAUCUCUUCCAUUGAGCAGAAGGAAGAGAGUAGGGGAAAUGAAGACCAUGUUAAUAUCAUCAAGGAGUACCGGGGCAAGAUUGAGUCUGAGCUAAGCAAGAUCUGUGAUGGGAUUUUGAACAUUCUAGAGUCGCAUCUCAUCCCCUCAGUCAGUUCCGCUGAGUCCAAGGUGUUUUAUCUUAAGAUGAAAGGUGAUUAUCACAGGUACCUGGCUGAGUUUAAGACUGGAGCUGAGAGGAAGGAAGCUGCAGAGAGCACUUUGUUGGCUUACAAGUCCGCCCAGGACAUUGCUCUGGCUGAACUAGCCCCUACUCACCCUAUAAGGCUGGGACUUGCAUUGAAUUUCUCUGUUUUCUAUUAUGAAAUCCUCAAUUCCCCUGAUCGUGCUUGCAAUCUUGCGAAGCAGGCUUUUGAUGAGGCUAUCUCUGAGCUGGACACCUUGGGUGAGGAAUCAUACAAGGACAGUACCUUGAUCAUGCAACUUCUCCGAGACAAUCUGACACUUUGGACUUCUGAUAUCACGGAUGAUGCUGGAGAUGAAAUAAAGGAGGCAUCAUCGAAACGCGAAUCUGGCGAGGGGCGGCAGUCGUGAUUUUAGAUAUCGCAGACUAUCCUAUCCUGUACUUUUUUUUAAACUUGCGACAUUUACUUAGUUUUAGAUGCCUUGUGGGUUGUUGUUUCUGGAUUUCUUUAUGUAUUUGGUGAUCUUGAUUGCAGACAGCUCCUAGGUUUUAAAUGUUCCAGGUAGAUCAUAAUUGUGCUUUUAUUAUUUUUGAUGAAGCUUUGAUUGGUUUGGCCUUCUUGUUUAAUCCAAUUCGUUAUGCCUA